AUGGGAGAGCCAAACAAAACAAACCUAUCAGGUGUGUUCUGGCCGAGCGCGAAGGACAGUGCCUAUCCCUCCUUUCCGAUGUUUUGGCCUACAACAGGCAGCUUGGCCAUGCCAACAUACCACCAUGCCCAGCCUAAACCUCCACCUGACGUGUUGUGCACUAGACAUACUGAGCUAGACGUGUCAGAGCAAAGUGACCGAAGCACGAGCACCCCUAAAGACAGUCUACUUGAUAACGAACGGUGUUCCAGCACUCAGUCCACCAGAAACGAGGAGGAUAAAUCUGGGGAUGAGAGCAGGUCUAUAGAAGGAAUACCAGCCACCCCAAGAAAAAUAAGCUACAUAUCUGCAUUCAGGCCGGUUGUUAAAGAUGUUGAGAGCAUCGCAAAGCUAUACGGAAACAGGGGUCCGUAUUCUGGUCCUCGAUCUGGUUAUAUGUCACCAGAUUUCUUGAGUGAAAGUUCUAGUUAUAGAUCAGUGUCUCCGGGCGUGGACGAUCCGGAUGUGGAUGUGGAGUCGCAUAAAGUGCACGAGGACGAGGAGUGUUUGCCGCUGACUGUGGAUGACCGGCGGAGUCCUCACGGUUUGACCGUAGCGCAAAGUGACGGGGGAAAAGAUCAAGACCAGGACAAUAGCCAAAUGCUCACCGUGAGUGAUCUACACACGACGAAUUCAAGUGAAACGCGGUCGUCUGAUUUGGAGAGCCACGGCAAUAAACACACGACGCGCUUUGAAUCCACCAGAAACGAGGAGGAUAAAUCUGGGGAUGAGAGCAGGUCUAUAGAAGGAAUACCAGCCACCCCAAGAAAAAUAAGCUACAUAUCUGCAUUCAGGCCGGUUGUUAAAGAUGUUGAGAGCAUCGCAAAGCUAUACGGAAACAGGGGUCCGUAUUCUGGUCCUCGAUCUGGUUAUAUGUCACCAGAUUUCUUGAGUGAAAGUUCUAGUUAUAGAUCAGUGUCUCCGGACGUGGACAGCGUGGACGAUCCGGAUGUGGAUGUGGAGUCGCAUAAAGUGCACGAGGACGAGGAGUGUUUGCCGCUGACUGUGGAUGACCGGCGGAGUCCUCACGGUUUGACCGUAGCGCAAAGUGACGGGGGAAAAGAUCAAGACCAGGACAAUAGCCAAAUGCUCACCGUCUAUUCACGUGAACGAGACGAGCACGUGCAUCAAAUGAGCACAUCUUAUUUUGGUUCAACGACCACUUACCAACGCGAAUCGAGUGUUAAAGACGUGCAUGAAGAAGAACCUUCAUCUACGGUGGAAGAGAUGGAGCCCAAAAAUCAUCAGGAUCAAACUAACAUCAAUGAGGAGCGCCUGAAGGAACCAAAUGAUGACGAGGAAUCAGUGCGCAAGGACACUGGCAGCAGGGUCUCCUUAAUUGAGAAAAACAUAGAGAGCAUGGCCAAAGAGGAAUUGCAGAAACAACUCGUGGAACAAGUUGAGCUUAGAAAAAAGUUGGAGCGUGAAUUCCAGAAUCUAAAAGACAGUUUUCAAGACCAAAUGAAAAGAGAGCUCUCAUACAGAGAGGAAAUGGUGCAGCAACUCCAGAUUGUUCGAGAAGCUCACGACGCACUACACCAUUUCUCGUGUAAGAUGCUGACUCCCCGUCACUGCGCUGGGACCUGCACCUUCAAACCUCCUCUUCUACCGCCUUGAUGGACACCUAUUGAAGACAUAAGUGUGCUUUAGAAGUACUGCUGUGUCAAAUAAAACUUUACUUUUUUCCCUCUGCAAAACACUGUCAACCUUUAGACCUGGAAUAAGCAAGUGUGUACUGUAGUAUUUUAGCUCUUACACUGUAAUGAAGUCAUUUUCAUUUGCAAAAGAGUGUUUUCAGAGUCACUGUAUGUACUGUA